UUGUUGCGUAAACUCACAACGCGUUAGUCAAGAGUCAGCGAAUAUUUCCGAGUUAAGGCAGUUUUUUAGCCUUGUCUACUGUCAGAUGUUGAUUUCAAAGGGGGCACAUCUCUCUCUUCUCCUCCUCCUCCGGUGAUUUAUCCUUGCUCGAGCUUCUUACUCCCAACUCUUCAAUCCAAAAGAAUGAAUCUUCUUCAAACCCCAAUAUUCUUCUUCUACAUCUCCUUGGUGGGUGCAUCACUUCUUCCGUUUCACCCGCCAGACAACAUUGCAAUCAACUGUGGUUUCUCCGGCAAAAAAACGGCUCCUAAUGGAAGAAAGUGGAUUGGAGACAGUGGCUCCACGUACUUUGUUUCAGGAGAACCAAAUAGUAAAUCCAUAAGCUCAGCACCAGUUGAACAAUCAUCUCCUUCUCAUGCUACUAUCCCCUAUACCCAUGCCAGAAUUUCACAAACUCAGUUUACUUAUGUCUUCCCAAUCAGCCCAGGCCCAAAGUUUGUCCGCCUCCAUUUCAAUCCGUCUUCAUAUCGUGCUUUUCACAGGUCCAAUGCUUUCUUUACAGUAAAAGCAAAUCGUUAUACUCUACUCCACAACUUUAGCGUUUCACUAACUGCUGAUGCCUUGGGCAUAACAACUGUCUCUAAAGAGUUUUGUCUCAAUGUUGAAGCGAAUCAACCGUUGAUCAUAACAUUCUCUCCUUCAAGAACUACACCUUCUGAUAAAGUGUAUGCAUUUGUCAAUGGAAUUGAGGUAGUUUCCAUGCCGAAUGGACUGUACUAUUCUAUGAAGGAAAAUAUUGAGUGGGACCAAAAACUAGACUUCACAUCCCUUUGGGGGAGCACUGCACUGGAGACAGUACAUCGUUUGAAUAUUGGUGGAAGCUUCAUUUCAUCUUCAGAGGAUACAGGUAUGUCCCGUGAGUGGUUUGAGGAUACUAAAUUCUUCCUUCAUUCAGGAGUUUUACCUCUUACAACAACAAUGCAAAUAAAAUAUGGAAAGAUGCAUAACUUCGUGGCACCUCAAAAUGUUUAUCAAACAUCAUGGUUUGUGGAUCCAAACAAGAAUGCCGAAGAAUUCAUUAAUUUUACGUGGAAGGUACCUGUUGAUCAAGGAUUUCGAUACAUAAUUAGGUUCCAUUUCUGUGAGCUUGAUUACGAGAUAAAAGAGCGUGGACAGAGGUUGUUCAGCAUCUAUGUUGAUAACCAUAUGGUUGAACCUCAUGGAGACAUAAUCAAAUGGACUGGAGAAAUCGGGGUUGCAACAUACAAGGACUACAUUUAUGUGGUCGAAGGAGAUAGAAUGGAUGGUAAACGCAACAUCCUCGUAUCUCUAUGUCCUAUUGGUUCCAAUCAUGAUGUUGAGUCGAAUCUUGAAGCACCAGAUGCUAUUUUGAAAGGCCUGGAGAUUUUCAAGCUAAGCAACCCUGAUAAUAACCUAGCAUCGACUAAUCCAUUGGUUUCUUCAUCCCUUGUUCCAACUGAUAAACCUUCUAAAGUACGCAAGUCCUUGUACAUAUCAGCCGGUGGUAAUAUUAUUGCAACAAUUAUUAUCUUAAUAUUAACAACUUUGAGUGUAGUUUCUUACAAAUUGCGGAGAGAAGACUGUCACAAACAAAUGAUCUUUCCGAGGCAAUAUGAGGGACCUCGUCGAAGUUUUUCAUUAGCUGAAGUCCAGUUUGCAACAAAGAAUUUUGAUAGUGAUUUGGUGAUUGGAAAAGGAGGGUUUGGAAAGGUUUAUAAAGCGUCUAUUGACAGUGGGACAAAUAUAGUUGCCAUGAAACGAUUGCAUUCCAGUUCUAAGCAAGGGGCUACAGAGUUUUGGACUGAGAUUGAGAUGCUAUCUGAGCUUAGAAACAACAAUCUUGUUACUCUGAUUGGAUAUUGUAAUGAAGGAUCAGAAAUGAUCCUAGUAUACGAGUAUAUGGAAUGUGGAACACUUGCUGAUCAUCUCUAUAAGAACAGUCAACAAGGCAUUGCUAGUGCAUCCCCUUUGUCAUGGGAGCAGAGGCUCAAAAUAUGCAUUGAUGCUGCUCGAGGUCUAGAGUACCUUCAUAAUUGUAAUGAAUGGGGCAUUAUUCAUCGCGAUGUUAAGAGCACUAAUAUAUUAUUAGACCAGAAUUUGGUAGCAAAGAUUGCAGAUUUUGGUUUGUCCAAAAUGGUUCCGACUAGCCAUUCUCUCACACACAUUAGUACGUCUGUCAAAGGAACUUUUGGUUAUCUAGACCCUGAGUAUUUCUUAACACGCCGGCUAACCAAGAAAUCUGAUGUGUAUGCAUUUGGUGUAGUCUUAUGGGAAGUCUUGUGUGGGAGACCUGCAAUAGACACAAAUGCUGAGGGGCCAGAACGCAGUUUGGCUUUAUGGUCUCAAUACUGUUUCAAUGAAGGAAUGGUUGAUGAAAUCAUCGAACCCAUAUUGAAGGGACAAAUACCAGCAACCUGCUUGAAGAUAUUUACACAACUCGCAAACCUUUGCUUAAAGAAUGAUCCAACUGAACGUCCUUCAAUGGCAGGUGUGGUGGAAGAACUUGAACGUGCAUUGGUGUCAAUGAAGCAAGUGGUGAAUAAAGGUACAGACUCUACUAUUGUGUUGGCAGACAGUGAUGGGGCAGUGCCAAGGAGUCAAAUGGUGAAUGAUGGGGCAAUGCAAAUGGUGUAUCAAGACACGAAUUCAACUAUGACAAACGAUGAAACAGAAUUAACUAGUUCUCCUUCACAAGAUAGCUUCAGCUCCCCUUCAAGCACAUUGAAAUUACCAAAGAAAAAGUCCAGAAUUGGCAAAAUGUUCCAGACAUUUGCACUCUGGGGUUCAAGGUUUUCGGCAAAGCCAGCAGGAGAAAAAACGAAGUCCGAAAUUGACGAACUCGUUUCUUCAGUUACCAGUGAUUCGAUGAGUAUGCACAACAAUCCUUCAUCUAGACAUUAUACCACGAGGAAUAGCUUGAUUUUUGUGAGGAUGCCAAACCCAAAAGAUAUUUUUGAUUUGGAGGAUUUGUUGAGGGCUUCUUCAGAGGUUUUGGGUAAGGGAACAUUUGGGACAUCAUACAAGGCUGUUCUGGAGAUGGGGCUGGUGGUCACAGUGAAGCGAUUAAAGGAUGUAGUACUGUCGAAGGAAGAUUUUGGGCAGAAUUUGGAGGCAAUCGGUUUGAUGGAUCAUGAGAAUCUGGUGAAGCUAAAGGCUUAUUACUAUAGCAAGGGUGAGCAGCUUCUAGUCUAUGAUUACUUUUCAACUGGAAGCCUAUUCAUGCAUUUACACGGAAAGCAUGGUAGUGGUAAGGUCACGCUGAAUUGGAAAACAAGAAUAGGCAUAGCCCGAGGAGUGGCACAAGGAAUUGCAUACAUCCAUGAACAGGGCCCAACCACUUGCCAUGGUAAUAUAAGGUCGUUGAACAUCCUCCUAACAAAAUCACUUGAGCCCCUUAUUUCUGAUGUCUGCACCUGGACAUUAGUUGUCGAGCUUAACACCUACGCAUCUGGUUAUACUGCCCCAGAGAAACUUAAAUACUCCCAGAAGGCAGAUGUGUAUAGCUAUGGCAUACUGCUGCUUGAGUUAUUGACUGGUAAACCACCCUUCCAAAGCCUUGUAAAAGAUAAUGAGGGUGUGGACCUCCCUAGAUGGGUACAGGCCUCCGGUUUGAAGAUGGAGAAGAAGAGGAUAAUAGAUGUCAUUGACAUCGAGCUGCUUAACAGUAACAUUUACGACUACGGGUCGCAGCUCAUUUUGCUUGCCUUGGACUGUGCAGAUCCAAAUCCUGACAAUCGCCCUCUAAUGGCAACUGUUGCCAGCAAAAUUGCAAAGCUUUAUCUUCUUAGCCAGGAAUGAAAAUUCAAUAAUUGUUGUUGGCAAAUUUCCAUUUUGUUUGUACAUUUGAAUCACUGUUUAAGCAACGAACAGACAGUAUUGAUCACAUUUAGUCUUUGUUUUUAGGAAG